AGAGAGCGAGCUUGUUGCUCUCAGGUGAUAAUGGGUCGAUAGAAGGAAGAGCUCUCGCGCCGUGUCUUUUACCUGUCUGCGCGCUCAGGGCUGGUCGGAGGCGCGCGCUCAUUACCCUCAGAGACGCGCCUUUGGGAGCGCGAGUGAGUUCUCCUCUCGCGCGCCAGGAAUAAAGCGAAGCCUUCGGUUCGACACGUCAGUUCAAUGAGGCUGUUCGUGAACUAUUGGAGUACUCAAGCAUCGCCACAGCAUCGUAGAGUAACGUUACUCCCCUCGCGUCAUGUCUCACUCUGAGAGAUGGGCAAGUUCGACGAGCACGAGAGGGUAAUCCUCAACGUCGGGGGCACGAGGCACGAAACUUACCGGACCACGUUGAAGACCCUGCCGGGCACGCGUCUGGCCUUGCUCGCUUCCGAGUCGGACCUCGAGUCGGUUCUGGACCAGCUGCAACAAGUUCCGGGGUUCAUCGAGUACAACGCGCGCAGCAACGAGUACUUCUUCGACCGGCACCCGGGUGUCUUCGCGUACGUGCUCAACUACUACCGGACCGGGAAGCUGCACUGCCCGGCGGACGUGUGCGGUCCGCUGUUCGAGGAGGAGCUGUCCUUCUGGGGCAUCGAUGAGACGGACGUGGAGCCGUGCUGCUGGAUGACCUACCGACAGCACCGGGAUGCUGAAGAGGCGCUGGAUGUGUUCGAGAUGAACGUGGACAACGACGAGGACGACGAGUACGGCAAGCGACUGGGCAUCGAGGAUGUGGUGUCCGCAGACGGCACCGUCAGCAGGUGGAGGAAGUGGCAGCCGGUCAUCUGGAACCUGUUCGAGGACCCGUACUCCUCUAGAGCCGCCCGGUUCAUUGCGUUCGCCUCCUUGUUCUUCAUUCUGGUUUCCAUCACAACCUUCUGCCUGGAGACCCACGAGGCCUUCAACACCAUCAUCAACAAGACGGACGUGUCUCGCAACGACAGUCUGGAGUACGAGAUCGAGACGGAUCCGGCGCUCACCUACGUGGAGGGAGUUUGCGUCCUCUGGUUCACCUUCGAGUUCCUGGUGCGCGUGACGUUCAGUCCUGAUAAGCUCGAGUUCGUCAAGAGCGUCCUCAACAUCAUAGACUUCGUGGCCAUUUUGCCGUUUUACUUGGAGGUGGGAUUGAGCGGACUUUCCUCCAAAGCGGCCAAAGAUGUUUUGGGCUUCUUGCGGGUGGUGCGUUUCGUGCGGAUCUUGCGGAUCUUCAAGCUGACGCGCCACUUCGUGGGCCUCCGCGUACUGGGACACACUCUCCGCGCGAGCACGAACGAGUUCCUGCUCCUCAUCAUCUUCCUGGCGUUGGGCGUGCUCAUCUUCGCCACCAUGAUCUACUACGCCGAGCGGAUCGGGGCCAGUCCGAACGACCCUACGGCCAGCCACCACACUAUGUUCAAGAACAUCCCCAUUGGCUUUUGGUGGGCCGUGGUCACUAUGACCACUUUAGGUUAUGGAGACAUGUACCCUCAGACGUGGUCUGGCAUGGUCGUGGGCGCGCUGUGUGCCCUCGCUGGCGUGCUCACGAUAGCCAUGCCGGUGCCCGUCAUCGUCAAUAACUUUGGCAUGUACUACUCGCUAGCCAUGGCCAAACAGAAGCUACCUAAGAAGAGAAAGAAACACAUCCCUCAGGUUGUGCAGACUGGCUCGCCGUCUUACUGCAAAACUGAUCUGAGUACAGCAUGCAACAGCACGCAGGGAGAGCUGUGCCUCGGGCAGGGCAGAGGACUAGAGCGCCACCGCUCAGUGUUGUCUGCGGACUGCAGCGCAGGAAGUGACAUCACCAUGUCUUCAGAGGAGCGGAUACCCAUGCGUCACUCCAGCAUGCGCGAACAGGACCGUCACACUGAAGGCACGUGCUUCCUAUUGGCCGCCAGCGACUACACCUGCACAGCGGAUACAGCUAUUCGAAAAACAGCUACUGUAUCACCUCUGGCUGACGUACAGUUUAUAUCGGCCAGAGACGGGGAAGGCGGGGCCAGCAGAGACUCGGAUGGAUUUGAUGAAUUGGAUUGGACAGUCUGGAAUAGAAUAAGCCUGUGAUUGGACGGUUCUGAAAGCGGACGCUCUGUGAACGGACAUCUCGAUCGAUCGGACUCCUCGCGACCGAUUCUGUGUGGAAACAGACUAAAGCCAGUUGGCACACACACACACAAAAAAGUCACGAAAUGGAUAGUGAAACGUUUCCUGCUUAAAACAAGUCGGCUCUCCAUUUAAAUGUCGCAUUUGUAUAAAGGACACACAUCUACCCGUGGCUUCCCUUCUGUGUCAGGUAGCAAAUCCAACACCCCCUCGAACCCCUUUCCAAGGCCUCUGUCGUUGCAAUAAGUGUAUUAAGAUGUGUAGAGGCACAAGUGUUUAAAAAUGAAGUAUUGGUGUAUCGACUAUACUAAACUACAGAGUAGAGAGAGAGUAAACAUGAUCCGUUUAAUAAAUGUGACCUCCAGUCAUUAAUGCUUUUAUCUGC